UGCAUAUGGCUACAUGUUCUAGAACAUAAAACUUUAAGGCGUCGUGUAAACAGACGUUGUCAUUUGCACCUGCUGUAAACAGGUGUGAGUUUUUGUCCCUUAAAAGCGAGUAAUCUUUACAAUUGAGAAAAUGUUUUCAACGGGACGUCUCAUUGGUACUAUCGUGGGAGUUGCCGUCCGAAAUUUCACCCAGCGGUCUGCUGCGGUAUCGCAGCAGCUGUUGGACAUUUCGUCAGGUGGCCAUGGAGGGGAAUCACCGGGCAGUCGGCACGGGCAGACUCCGCCUUUCCCGACCACCCAGGCUCCAGCUGCCUCUCUUGUGAACGCCGUUAGCACGAGGCUGAGGUGGGACAGAUGUCAUCAUGCCGCCUCUAUUCUUCCGUUCAUCCGGGAGAGGCACAUCGCCCACCCAGCCGUCUGGGAAGAGGUUCUCACCGUAGAUGAGAUGAAGACGCGUCUCUGUAACGUCUCGAAGGCUUCCCAGGUUCCACACCCCAAGAGCGUUGCUGAACCACAAAGCCUAAAAGACACAGGUUUGUCGCAAGACCCUGUGAUGCCGUUUCAACGCCGGUCCGUGACCAACAGGGCGAGUCAAAGUCAAAAAGUGUCUGUCCGUCCCGUCAUCAAGAAGGCGACAAAACAGGAUGCGAGAAAAGCGCAUGCAAAAGUCCAGGCUAUCUUAGAUCUGGCAGUGACCAACUCCGUCCACGGAGGGAGAAGGUCCUGGAAUCGAGAAGAGGACAGAGUGCUCGGCGCCUACAUGGUGCAUCUGGCCGCCAGCGAAGUUGUCCUGAAGGAGAAAGUACGGCACAUUCUCAAGUCCCGGGAGUUCAACACUGAGAAAAUGCAGAAACUCAUGUUGGCCCUGACCACACUCAACAGGGUACGGAAAGUCAAGAACAUCAUCGGCUGGUACUUCAGAGCGGUAGACAGGUGGGAGUCGAGGGGAAAGUGCGAGUUAGAAGAAGAGAAGUUACUGAUGUACUUGACUCUUCGGCUAGAGGACGAGGCCGACAAGUUGGGCGUGAAGAAGAAGAGGAACUGGUUGGAGAAUUUCCGAUGCUUUGUCAGCAGCAUCAGAGAGCUGAUAUCCGUGUGGCACUCCGGGGAGUAAGUUUGCAGAGCCGUGGGGGGCAGUAGUGGAGUCUACAGGAAAGCUCAGUGGUGUCAGAUCAGAGGACCAUCCCGCUUCAGGGGCCAGGGCUAAGUGCCGAAGAGGCAAAUUUGUCCGAAGUUCUCAACCAGAGCUGUUCUGUAAUGCUUCUAUGGCCGUGAAAGUAACUCUCACCUCUACUGGUGCUAAAUGCUCGGAUAGAGCCACAGCUCCUUCGACCCAUACUCCUCAUGAUGUCGACGUUACAACAACCAACACAUGACUGCAACCAGCCUGUGAAAACAAGAUCAAAACUAGUGGUUACCUUAUGGGAAUCUUGUCGAUUUCUGCACGCCUCCACCUAAUCUCGGACCUGGUGAGUAAAUGAGAAUAUACCUAACGUUACUCUCGAUCCAAGCAGAGGUUGGUGGGAAAAAUCGUGACCCUUUUCUUUCAUCAAUUCUUUUUUCGACCAGCCUUC